AUGUUUCUUCAGUAUAUCUCUCUUUUUUAUGGAUUAAUAUUUAUUACAUUUGCUAUAAAAUCGAAAGUACAUGAGGUGAAAACGAUUGAGUCAGAAGAUUUACAAAUUGAUGAACUCACUCAAUUCUCAAAUCCCGAGUCUUUUUAUUAUGAUUUCAAUGAGGAAAAUGAGAAGGAUAAAAGUCAUGAAAAACUUUACGAUGAGAUUUUAUCGACACCAUUUUUUCCGCCUUUAGAUGAAGAGAUUUCGCUCGAAAACUUUGGACAAAAGCAACUUGUUGAGGAAACUGUUACAAACGAUCCACUUCCCUGGAGAACUACAAAGAAAUUUCUGAGGCCUGGCUCGACUUUUGAGACUACAACUAUUCCUGAAGUUUUGAAUACGAUUGAAUCUUUUGAACCCUUUAUACUUGAGGAUUUGGUUGAGGACUUUGAGCCAAUCAACUCAAUGGAAAUCACCACUGAAACGCCAACCACUACUACAACAGCCAAAACUACUACAACCACUGUGCGACAAACGCCUUUUACGACAACUGAAGCGCUGACUACCACUACAAGCCCAGAAUUAACUACAACACUUUCCACCACAACCACUCAGAAAGUAACCGCAACAAGUACAACGACUACAACGACUACAACGACGACAACGACAACGACGACAACGACUACAACGACUACAACGACUACAACGACUACAACGACUACAACGACUCCAACGACGACGACUACAACGACUACAACGACUACAACGACUACAACGACGACGACUACAACGACAACGACCACAACGCAAUCUACAACAAUACUGACGACUCAACCAUCAACCACAAAAAGAAGACGGUUCAGAACGAGAACGAGAAGCACUCUUGGAUCUACAACUACGAUCCCUACAACUCCAACACCUACAACAAACGAUUUUACCAGACAAAUUCAAGAAACAACCACUCCGACUCCCACUCGUUCAAGAGUUUUCAGCUUUCAAACUCGGUCAACUACAAGACCUCAAAAUGAGAAAACAAAAGUAAUACUGAAACCAUUGCUUCUUGCACAUCCAAUGUUCCCACAUAAAGGUCCAACAUUCAACUGUCCAAUUCUGAAUCCAUUGCUCGAUGGAGAGGCCUCAUUGAGUAAUGAUGAUUCUUGUGAACUCUUGUUACCAGGUUUUAGCAAGGAUAAUUCGUGCAGAUGUACAUAUGAUGUAAAAGCUCGAGAUUUAAAUGGUUGUGCGACUGGAUUUCUCUUCACGUGUAAACCAUGGAAUCGAAAACGGAAACGAUUGAUC